UAAAGAAUGUGAAUGCUACAAAAUUGACAUAUCGAGUAAUCUUACGAAUGUUAACAAUGGCAGUUAAAGAAAAACAAACAGAUGCUUCUACAGAUGAAAUAGAAUGGAAUGUUGAAAAUGAAAUUCAAUUAUUCUUUGCUAUGAAUGGACAUAAACCCGUUGGCAUUAAUAAAUAUUUUCACAUGGUCUGCAUAUGGGAAAAGUUUCGUGCCGCUAUUCACAAGGAUGUAUCAUUAAAAACAAUUUGGGAACAUUUGGAAUCAAUGUAUGAUCUAAUGGCUCUGGAUGACAUGGAGGAUUUACCAUUUCCUAGUCAAGAGAUAGAUUUUUCUUUACCAGAACAAGAAUUUUUGGGACCACUUAAAUCUCGUAAAAGAGAUGAACCAGAAUUAAAGUUAAAAGACAGAGAAAAAUUUAAGGAAUUCAAAAAAGAAAAAGACAUUAAAGAUCCUAUGAAAAAAGAUGCUAUUCUUCGUGAUAUAAAAGGAAGUAAAGAUAUUGAUAAAAAAAAAGAAGAACUUAAAAAAUAUGUUAAAGAUAUGGAACUAAAGAAAGAUAAACUCAGAGAAAUUAAAGAUGUUAGGAAAGAUUAUAAAUCAUCUAAAGGACGAUCAAAAGGAAAGGAUGAUCUUGAAGAAACAGCAUCAAAUGGUAAAAAAGAACGUAAAGAUUCUGAUUCUGGUCGUGAAAGUUUAAAAAGGGGUCCGAAACGACCAACUAGGCAGAGUAUGGAUAGCACAUCUAAAGCAUCUUCCAGUCCACGUGAUACACCUCCACCAAAACGAAGGAGAAUAUAACAAUUUAUAUAAAAUUAUUAUUAUGUGUAAAUAGUGUUUACAUUUUAAUAUAUGGACAAAAUGUGAAUCAUAUAUUUCUCU